CAACAUUAAUAAUAAUAAACCUUGAGUGGUUUUAGUCGCAGUAGAUGAUAUCAAAAGAAGCAUUUAUAGAAGUUUCAACUUAACGUUCAUCCUCCUAUAGAACUAUAUCUAAAUAAUAUCAUCAAACAAUCAUAAUUUUAUAACAAAAAUUACCAUAGUUAUAAUAUAUAGAAUAAUUAAUUAUAGUAAACCGAUUCAUAAUAACGAUAGGCGGCAAAUACACUUAUCUAUGGUGUCAUUAUGAAAUGAAAUUUAAUACCAAAUUUAAUAAAAUUUAAAUGAAAUUUAAAUUUUAAUAAAAUUUAAUACCAAAAAUAUGGCGAAAUUGUACAAUCUCUUAUUCAAAAUCAUCUUUGUCCUGUCGGUUUUUGGUUUUGUGGGCUUAAAAAUGUUUUUCGGUAAUGUACCCGAAGACAAUUUUGGCGGGAAAUUUUAUCAUCAUGACUUCAAGCAGAAACUCGUGAACAACACGAACCUAACUUACGGUAAAAUCUUUCCAGAUAAUUACAACAACGAGGACCUUGACGAUGACGUCAUAAUCAACAACAAAGACAACAACAACAACUACAUCAACAACUACAUCAACAACUACAACAUCAACAACAACUACAAACCGGUUUUCCUUCAAAAUGGCUAUCAAAGAACUGGGAAACACAUUAAAAUACCUCACAUAAUACAUCAAAUAUGGGAUACGGAGAGCGUACCGCGAACUUUCGUCAAGUGGAUGACGUCAUGGUUACGUCACAACGACGACGAAACAAAAUGGCGGCACUGGUUUUGGACGCUGAGCGACGCCAGGGAACUCAUUAAAAAAUUUUAUCCAGACUACCUAAGCCUCUUUGAUACUUAUGAAUCGCCGAUAUUUAAAGCUGGUGACGCUAAUGAUAAUGAUAAUACAGUAGACGACGCUGACACUGAACAUGAAGCUACCACAAAAACCACUCCAGACGCUGCUCGCUAUUUCAUCGUCCAUCAUUAUGGCGGUAUGUACUUCGACCUUGACAUGCGGGCCCUGAAAUCCCUCACAAAUUGGACCUUCGAUUACGACUGCCUCGUAAGUGAAGAGCCCUACGAACAUGUCUACGUUGUCAGGGGUCAGUCAGAGGUCAACAUUCUGAAUGGUUUCAUUGGUUGUGUCAAAGGUCAUCCGUUUCUGAAGUUCACCAUUGAGUCGUUGGUUUCAGCUGCCCAAGACCACUUUGGAGAUUACCUCAAAUCCACAGGACCUACCUUCUUCACGGACGCUUAUAACAAGUGGCUUAAAACGGAAAAACCCAAAGAUCCUAAAUACGCCCAAGAUAACAAGUUAACUGUGACGAAACUCCCGCCAAAAUACUUCUUCCCCACGUACGACAAAAGCGAAAGUGAAACUCUGUCGCAGAAGUGUCUGCCCGAAAACUUCAUAAACCUUUCGAGACAGGCGCAGGCUGUCUGCCGGAAGUUGAUAUUCACAGUCUUUGAUAACGAAAUCAUUUCUCCGAACUUAGAAGACGACGACAACAAUAACAACGACAAUAAUAACAACAACAAGAACAGUAAUAACAACAAUUACAACAAUAAUAAUAAUAAUAAAGUUGUUGAUGAUGCCGAAAUUAAACGUCAUCGUCAUCACAGAAAAAGCAUCAAAAACAACAACAACAACAACAACAACAACAACAAUAAUAAUAAUAACAAUAAUAAUAAUAAUGUCGAAAAUAUCAUUUCCGAGAACGAGCGUUUAUAUAAUAAUCUAAAGAAUGAUCUAAACAACAACAACAAUAAUAAUAAUAAUAAUAACAACAAUAAUAAAAAUAAUAAAAAUAAUAUCAUUAAUAAUAAUAAUACUAAUAAAAAUAAUAAUUAUUAUAAUAAUUAUAGUUAUAAUAAGCAGAAAUACGCCUACACCGACCAUGAUUGGCUGCAUGCGUACAUGCUGACUGGGACCUGGAAGAGAAGCGACAAUGUCAACAUUUCAGAAGCCAUUCCAAACUUAACUCUCGCCAGGAAUGUGAUCAAAUCAUGGUGAUUCGUGUUCGUUUACGCACACACACACACACACACACACCACACACACACACACACACACGCAUUCACACACCACACAUACACACAUUCACACACAUACGCCACACACACGCAUUCACACACACACACGCACACAUUCACACACAUACGCACGCGCACAUACACGCACACAUUCACACACACCAUACACACACACACGCACACACAUAAACACACACGCGCACAUUUAUUGUAAUUAGUAUAUACAAACCAACGAUAAUGCAGUCGUGUUAUAAGCCUUUUUUCUAGUAAAAAUAAACCCUGGUGUA